CAGUCAAUCAGUCAUACUCCAGCAGGCGUCUGGAGAUCACCAGCGAAUUGUAAUUGCUCCGUCGAAAUUAAAAUUAAAAAGUGCCAGUCAAAAUGUGCAACAAACUCACCCUUUUGUCCUUGACAUACGUCAUCGUUUUCGUCUCGGUAGUGCAGUGUGAUAGUACGGAGAACAAGGAUUUCUUUAGUCAAGACUUAAGCGUCGGCCGUACGUUUGGUCACAAUGCCCUCAAACGGCUCUCGUUCAUCUUCCUUCCUGUCAUGUUCACCCUGGGUGUGAUCUCCACUCUCCUGAUGGCUCUUGCUGUCAUCUCAGUGAAGAACUUAGCCAUCGGAGUCAUGUUACUUAUCGUGGCUGUCAGUCAGGCUGUAUCCAGAUUGUUCCUAACAGCCGCGUCACCAUCACCUCUAGUGCACUUACACCCUCGAGCUGAACUCCUGCCAGCUCCAGCCGUCCCCGCUCCCUGGCCUGCACCUGGCCCCCUACUCUCACCCUGGGCGAGAUCUGACAACGACGCUCCCAUAUCUGACUAAAAACGCUUUUUAAAUACCUACCUGUACGAAAUGUCACAACAAACCGUGUAAUAAAAAGGAUGGAGUUUGCAGUUAAGAUAAAAAUAAAGGUCUCGAUGUCGUUAGCUACAGUAUGCAACACACAAAUGCCAUAGUUGAGUGACCCCACUCGAGGGUCGUACAAAGGCAUAUUCCUCCAUCUCCUCUUAUUCCAUGGAAAAUACACGAUAACUAGACACAUAUUUUGGUGACUUACUUUCGAAACCCACCAAUCGAGUAAACGCUACGGCUACCUCAACGACUGAGCAUUCAGUUCAACUAAUAUGCAUUUAUGUAUUCGCUAAGAAUUUAUUUUAUAGGAAUCGUAAUUACUUUACAUCUCACAAAAGUAAUUUUAUCGAAAUGUUAUGCAAUAUCGUCUGGCUCUCGCGAAAACUGUGAGAUUUUGUGAAAGUUAGACGAUUGAUAUUAAUUUUUAAGUAUUUAUUGUUCAAUUAAUAAAUGAAUCAAA